AUGGCGAAUGCUGGAGUCACAAAAUCACAAAAGCCGAAGCGGAAAGGCCGGUCUCGGCCUUUAGCACCUGAUGUCACGGCUCGGAACCUGGCAAUCGAGAAGCAGCGCCGUGGUGAAAUGAAUGAGAACUUUCUGGAAUUGGCGCGCAUGCUUCCCAACAUUGCCGCCGCGCGUCGUCUCACAAAGGUGCUCAUCGUGAACAAGACGAUUGAGCACGUGAGACAGCAACGCGAACUCUGUCUGGCAGCAGAUCGGGAUAUGCAAGAGUUAAUCGCAGAGAAUCGUCGCUUGGCCUCAGAGGUCAAUUGCUUGCGUGCUCAAACACAAGGACCAGCAGCGCCUGUGGUUCAGCCCAAGCCUGUAACAGAAGCCAUGAAGCAACUGGCAGAGACGAAGAGCCAAGUCUUUGGGACAUUUGCUGCGGGUUUUGGCGAUAAAUGGGUCGAGAAAGCUUCCCAAGCUCAAGUUCAGACUGCAAGGAGAAGCACGGUGCAUGAUAUUCCUGUCAGCGACCUUGGUCAAACUUCGGUGCAGCAAACUCCUUCCAUUGCUUCGCCCACGGAUUUCCAGCCUGGGAUUGAGUUCCCCCAACUCAACACAGUAUACCAACAGCCGGGAAUAAAUCUUGACCCAAGUCUUGAUACGACAACCGAAGCGUCACUCUCAUCAAGUUUCAAUCCACUUGCGAUCAGCAAUCCCAAUCUUCCUUACCAAUUGUUGCCCAACGGAUCCUACGCUGACGGAACUAUCAAUGCGGAUCCAACUUGGUUCAAUGGGAUGGGAAUGGGCGCUCCAUUGCAACAGUUCCAUGGUGAGAAUGGGGAAAUGCUGGGCCAUAUAUAA